GCUCUUGGGGGUCAACGGUGCUGGAAAGACGACAACAAUGAGAAUGAUCACAGGAGACACAGAUGUGACGAAAGGGGAUGUGCUCGUAGGUGGUGCUAGUGUCCAGGCACAGCGUGAUGCAGCACGCCGGCGCUUGGGCUACUGCCCCCAGUUCGAU